AUGGCUAGCAUGAACAGAACAAUGGCCGAUGGAUGCGCGGCGGGAGGGGAGUCGUACGGAAGGGCGCCGCCACGAGACCCGGUGGACGGCUACGCCCAUGCUUUUUUUUGCGCGGUGCGGGUGGUGCGCACUGUGGAACCUGGGACAAUCCUGGCAGUACAAAGAUUGCGAAAUCUCAGCCUCUCGGACGAAGACGACGACGACACACAUUUGGGGGCUGAAAAGAAUUCCCCGACCAUUUUACAAAGCGCCACCAUGCAUGUCCUCGCCCUCUUGGCAACCGCGGCCGCAACGGCCCUCGCGGCCGCCUCCGAUGCCUCGCACCACCACGUCUCCGUGAACGAGCGCUCGGCGCAAGAGGUCAUCGCGAAGCUCAACCUGACGGCCAAUGUCGAAAAGGGCUACUACGCGCAGACCUUUGAGGACCCCGUCCUUGUCAACGGCAACCGCUCCGCGUCGACGGCCAUCUUCUACCUCCUCGAGGGCAAGGACGGCGACUCGGUGUGGCACCGCGUCGACGCCGCCGAGGUCUGGCACUACUACGCCGGCGCGCCGCUCACGCUGUCGCUGAGCUACAACGACGGCAAGCCCGUCGAGAAGCACGUCCUCGGCCAGGACAUCUUUCGCAACGAGAGCCCGCAGGUGGUGAUCCUGGAGAAUCAGUGGCAGAGCGCGCGCUCGCACGGCAACUGGACGCUCGUGGGCACGACGGUCGCGCCGGCAUUCAGCACGGAUGGCUACGAGCUCGCGCCGCCGGGGUGGCAGCCCAAGGGCCCGUCCUGCAAGGGGCCGGCUGCGGCAUCGGCCAGCGCCGGAACCCGCUAA